AUGACCUCAUGGAAAGACUAUACUGAAGACACUGGAGAGAAGAAUUGUGAAUGCAGUCCACAUAGGAAAAUUUUAAGAAAGAGUUCCAGUGUUGCUGAAGAUAAGGGAAUACAUACUGAAGAGAAACCACAUGAGUGUCAUGAAUGUGGUAAAACUUUUAGUGUAUACUCUUCCCUUAUUGUACAUCAUAGAAUCCACACUGGAGAGAAACCUUAUGAAUGUAACAAAUCUAGAAAGACUUUCAGACAGAGCUCUACUCCUGCUAAACACAAGAGGAGCAGUACUGGAGAACAAUCUUACAUAUGUGAUCAAUGUGGAAAGAAUUUCCGAUGUUACUCCAAAUUUGCUGAACAUCAGAGAAUCCACACUGGAGAGAAACCUUACGAAUGUAAUGAAUGUGGAAAGGCUUUCACACAAUACUCCAAUCUUGUUAAACAUCAGAAAAUACAUGCUGGAGAGAAACCUUAUGAAUGUAAUGAAUGUGGAAAGGCUUUCACACAGCACUCCAAUCUUGCUAAACAUCAGAGAAUCCACACUGGAGAGAAACCUUAUGAAUGUAAUGAAUGUGGAAAGGCUUUCACACAGCACUCCAAUCUUGCUAAACACCAGAGAAUCCAUGCUGGAGAGAAACCUUAUGAAUGCAAUGAAUGUGGAAAGGCUUUCACACAGAGCUCCAAUCUUGCUAAACAUCAGAGAAUCCAUACUGGAAGGAAACCUUAUGAAUGUAAUAAACAUAAAAAGACUUUCAGAGAGAGAUCUUCUCCUGCUAAACAUCAGAGAAUCUACACUGGAGAACAAUCUUACAUAUGUGAUCAAUGUGGAAAGAAUUUCAGAUGUUACUCCAAAUUUGCUGAACAUCAGAGAAUCCACACUGGAGAGAAACCGUAUAAAUGUAAUGAAUGUGGAAAAGCUUUCACACAGCACUCCAAUCUUGCUAAGCAUCAGAGAAUCCACGCUGGAGAGAAACCUUAUAAAUGUAAUGAAUGUGGAAAAGCUUUCACACAGCACUCCAACCUUGCUAAACAUCAGAGAAUCCACACUGGAGAAAAACCUUAUGAAUGUAAUGAAUGUGGAAAGGCUUUCACACAGAGCUCCAAUCUUGCUAAACACCAGAGAAUCCAUGCUGGGGAGAAACCUUAUGAAUGUCAUGCAUGUGGUAAAGCUUUUAGUGCACACUUUUCCCUUAUUAAACAUCAGAGAAUCCACACUAGAGGGAAACUUUAUGAAUGUAAUAAAGAUAGAAAGAAUUUCAGAGAGAGAUCUGCUCUUGCUAAACAUCAGAGAAUCCACACUGGAGAACAAUCUUACAUAUGUAAUCAAUGUGGAAAGAAUGUCCGAUGUUACUCCAAAUUUGCUGAACAUCAGAGAAUCCACACUGGAGAAAAACCUUAUGAAUGUAAUGAAUGUGGAAGGGCUUUCACACAGCACUCCAAUCUUGCUAAACAUCAGAGAAUCCACGCUGGAGAGAAACCUUAUGAAUGUAAUGAAUGUGGAAAGGCUUUCACACAGCGCUCCAAUCUUGCUAAACAUCAGAGAAUCCACACUGGAGAAAAACCUUUUGAAUGUAAUGAAUGUGGAAAGGCUUUCACACAGAGCUCCAAUCUUGCUAAACACCAGAGAAUCCAUGCUGGAGAGAAACCUUAUGAAUGCAAUGAAUGUGGAAAGGCUUUCACACAAAGCUCCAAUCUUGCUAAACAUCACAGAGUCCAUAUUGGAGGGAAACUUUGAGUGUCUGGAAUGUGGUAAAGCUUUUAAUGUACAUUCUUCUCCAACUAGACAUCAGAGAAUUCAUUCUAAAGGGAAAAAACUCAUUGAUAUAAUAAAUGUGCAAAAUCCUUCAGGCUAAAGUCAUCCCUUAUUUCUUGUCAGAAAAUUUAUAGCAGAUAGAAAUCACAUCCCUGUAAUGAAUAUGGAAAGGCAAACAAAUGAAGUACAGACCUUGUUAGAAAUCAGGAAAUUCAUCUUGGGAAUAAGCUCUAUAUGGCUCAAUGUGGAAAAGUCUGCAACUGAGAUCAUCUCUUGCUUUACAUCAGAGCAUACAUAGUGGAGAGAAGACUUAUGAAUAUGCUUAAUGAGGACCUACCUUUCCCUGGAAAAUGGAGGUUACCAGACAUCACAAUAUUCACAAUGGAAAGAAGUUUUAUAAAAGCAAUAAUUGUGAGAAGGCAUGGAUGCAGAGCUAAUGCUUGUGUGUUCAAUGGAAAAAUCUUGCUGGAGAUAAAACUUAUGAAUCUAAUUAGUGAGGGAAGGUCUCUUCCUAUACAACAGAUCUCAUUAGACAUUGCAAAUUUUAUACUGUGCAUAAAGCCUGGAAAGUGGGUUGAAUUUUUCUCUGAAAUCCUAAGGUUUUUCUGUCUCCUCUCUAAUAUGCCAUAACCUCUUCAGCCAUUUCCCAUUUGAUUAGUACUCUAUUUCAUGAUAUUAACUGGCACAAAAAGUCCUAGUAUAAAUAUUUUGGAAUCUGUUGGAUAUUUAUUUUUGUAAUGAUUUUUUUAGACUGCUAGGUGGCACAAUAGAGGGCUUUCCCUGAAUGCACAAGACCUAAGUUUAAAUUCAUUCCCUGAUACUUACUGGCUGUGUGACCCUAGGUAAGUCACUUAACC